AAGUAUAUCUUUAUGUAAAAACACAACAAGUCAAAUGUAUUCUCAGUUAAUGCUAUUAAACCAGAUACAACACAGUGGGGGGAACCUUGAAACUGUUUCCCCCUCAAAACACAAGGGGGGUUUUACGAUAUUUUACGACAGUUUCGCCUGCCGUACGACAGAAGCUGUGUUUAGACUCAACGUGGUGUUGUUUACUAUUUCUGACAGCCCCCCAUCGGUUAAAACAGGUUGGAAACCAGCAGCCACUCGUUUUAAUUUUCACUGUGUGCUUAAAGGAAGAAAUGGGAAAGCCAAAGAAAAAGAGUGAUCUCAGCCGAGCUGAGCUGAUGAUGAUGACCAUUGCUGAUGUCAUCAAACAGCUGGUCGAAGCCCACGAAGAGGGAAUAGACAUCAAUCUCAACAAAGUGAAGACCAAGACUUCGGCGAAAUAUGGACUCGAAGCCCUCCCUCGAUUGGUCGACAUCAUUGCCGCCGUUCCACAACAGUACCGCCGCACUCUGGUGCCCAAACUGAAGGCCAAACCCAUCCGCACCGCCAGCGGGAUCGCGGUGGUGGCUGUGAUGUGCAAACCGCAUCGAUGUCCGCACAUCAGCUUCACGGGCAACAUCUGUAUCUACUGUCCCGGUGGCCCAGACUCCGACUUUGAGUACUCCACACAGUCCUACACCGGCUACGAGCCAACGUCGAUGAGAGCGAUCCGAGCCCGUUACGACCCGUACCUUCAGGCCAGACACCGGGUGGAGCAGCUGAAGCAGCUGGGCCACAGCGUGGACAAGGUGGAGUUCAUCGUGAUGGGCGGGACCUUCAUGGCUCUGGCCGAGGAGUACAGGGACUACUUCAUCAGGAACCUGCACGACGCCCUGUCGGGACACACCUCCAACAACGUGGCCGAGGCCGUCAGGUACUCGGAGCGCAGUAACACCAAGUGUGUGGGCAUCACCAUCGAGACGCGGCCCGACUACUGCCUGAAGAGGCACCUCAGCGACAUGCUGGGCUACGGCUGCACCCGCCUGGAGAUCGGAGUCCAGAGCGUGUAUGAAGACGUGGCCCGGGACACCAACAGAGGCCACACGGUGCGGGCCGUCUGCGAGUCCUUCCACCUCUCGAAGGACGCCGGCUUCAAGGUGGUCGCCCACAUGAUGCCAGACCUGCCCAACGUGGGCAUAGAGAGGGACGUGGAGCAGUUUAUCGAGUUUUUCGAGAACCCGGCGUUCAGGCCCGACGGCUUGAAGCUGUACCCGACGCUGGUGAUCCGAGGAACGGGCCUGUACGAGCUGUGGAAGACGGGCCGGUACAAGAGCUACACGCCCAGCGCCCUGGUGGACCUGGUGGCCCGCAUCCUGGCGCUGGUGCCGCCCUGGACCCGAGUCUACCGGGUGCAGAGGGACAUCCCCAUGCCGCUGGUGAGCUCCGGCGUGGAGCACGGCAACCUGAGAGAGUUGGCCCUGGCCCGGAUGAAAGACAUGGGCACCGAGUGUCGAGACGUGAGAACACGAGAGGUCGGCAUCCAGGAGAUCCACCACAAAGUCCGCCCCUACCAGGUGGAGCUGGUGCGCCGGGACUACGUGGCCAACGGCGGCUGGGAGACCUUCCUCUCCUACGAGGACCCGGAGCAGGACAUCCUGAUCGGCCUGCUGCGCCUGCGCCGCUGCUCGCCACAGUCCUUCCGGCCGGAGCUGAAGGGCGGAGCCUCCGUCGUCCGCGAGCUGCACGUCUACGGCAGCGUGGUCCCCGUCAGCAGCCGGGACCCCAGCAAGUUCCAGCACCAGGGUUUCGGCACGAUGCUGAUGGAGGAGGCGGAGAGGAUCGCCAGAGACGAACACGGCUCCAGCCGAUUGGCCGUCAUCUCGGGCGUAGGAACGAGGAACUACUACAGGAAAUUGGGCUACGAGUUGGAGGGGCCAUACAUGAUGAAGGACCUCUACGGACCCGGAACCGACUGAACCUGGACAGCAACUCUCAUCAUCUUCAUCAUCUUCAUCCAGACGAUAUUCUACGGACACGGUUGCCGCAGUUUUUUAUUCUUGGUUUCCUCGUCCCCUCUGACGCCGCGGACGUCUCGCGAAAAAUCCCCGAAAUACUUCAAAAGACUCGUAAACGGCCGAUGACGAGCGGACACGCGUUGUAUAAUCACGCCUGUUUUUUUAUUUUUAUUUUACACGUCAGGAGUUUGAAUAUGAGGUCGUCCUGUCGCGGUUCUGUGUUCUCGGUGUUUUGGGUUCUCUUCGGUGGAGACGGGUUAGGAAUAAAGUGUGUUCCAGAA